UUGUAAGGAAGAAUUAGAACCAAUAAGAGGAACCACAAGAAAGAAGAAACAAACUUUUGAGGACAUGUUUUGUCCUCAUUCCUCUUACUAAACCACCUUGUCAAAUGCCUUUGCUGAAAAGCAAAUUAAGUCUGACUAGUUCACAAUUGAAAGCACACCGAUGGGGGCUUGUGAACAAAGUACUAGUAAUGAGCCUCUCAGGAUUCUCUCUAAAUCCCUAAAAUUGGUAGUAACCCCUGUCCUCUGGAGACCAAACCCACCAACGUAAGUGGUAGUUGCAGAAAUAGCCUUGGAGAAGGUGCUACAAUAUGUUCUAGAAUUUUUCCAGGAACUGAGUCAAGUUCAGUGGCCCAUUGGAAAUCAGAACAUUUGCCUUUCUCCAAUUCUAUGGGACCCCUCCUGUUCUAGAACUUUUAAUGAUCACUGACAAUGGCUCAGCAAUCAUAUCUGCCAACCCUGUUCUUUUAAUACCCAAGAAGGUCAUCAGUACAGACAGGAUACAGUCCAUCCACAUCUGGCAUCUUGAACUCAUUGCUCUUUAGUCCCUAAGUUAUCUUGCAUUUCAAUUAUCCACUUACUAUUUUUGUUCUAUCCUUCCUGGUCUCCCCAUUUCCAUUCUCCCAAUUCUCUCCCCAUUCUUACUUCCCAAAUUUUUCUCCCAUUCUUAUUCUUCCAGUUAUUUUCUGGUUUUCACUUCUUCAUCCUCACUCUCCUAGUUCUGUCUCACCUUUCUCUUUGAUUCUUAUAUCCUUAGUUCUCUCCCUGUUUCUCAUCCUCCUAGGUCUCUUCCCCCCCCCAUUCUCCUCCCUCAUUUCCUUCCUUUCCUUUGGUCCUAGGGUGUGUAGGGAACAGAUGCCCUUGGGGAGGAAGCUACACAAUAGGGACCCACGUGACAUGGGGGAGGUGGUAUCCUACUUCCUUGAGUCCAGCCCCAGGUCUUUCCGACAUUGGCUUGACCAGCUGUUGACAGUGAUGGUCCUACUAGUCUGUCUGGUGGCCUGGGCUUUCACUCUGCCAGUAACAGGGAGCCCUGGGAGAGUCCUGACCCCUUGAAGCUUUCCUUCACCUGAUGACCCCACUGUGAGCCAGAGGGAUUUCUUCUAUGUUUCUUGUUGGGCCAGUGACUGAUAUCAUAUGGCCUAAACUCGUCCUGAGCUGACAGGUAUGGUAAAGCCAGGCCCAAACCGAAGAUGAGCAGCAGAGCUGCUAGACCUCGCAGUCGGCGGGGGAGGGCACCACCCCCAGGGGAGCUGGACCCCGUGGUGGAGAGCACUGAAGAGGCAGACACCGUGGGAAACAGUGUUGGGCCAGAGCAGGCCCCCAGACUGCCUCGGGAAGAGUCACUGGCAGAGCACCUCGUCACCACUACAGAGCCCAGCAGCCAAAGCCACUGUCUACAGCCAGACAUACCCAGGGAUGGGCAGACAGAAGCCUCAGAGCCCAGCAGCCAUCUGACUUCUGGAAAGCUGCCCAUGAUACCCACCUCACCCCUUUCUCAGUUCCACCAGCCCUCAGGAGAAGAUGCCCAGGAAGGUCACGGCCCCAACCUGUACAUGGCUCUGCAGCAGGCCAUUGAGUCCUUGGAGAAGGCGGCGGCCACUUGUCGCCAACAGGCCUCCAGCCUUCCGGUCUCAGCUACACUAGGACCGGAGGAGCAGGGCAAGGACAAAGCAUGGCCUCUGCAAAGACUGGAGGAGUUGGUCAGGGGCUGGCGCCCUGUAGGCCAAGAAGAGGGGCUACCUGAACAGGAGAGGAUCCGCUACAAACAGGAGGCUCUGAGCCUGACUGAGCAGAAUGCCAGUCUUCGGGGUUCUCUGAAAAGCAAGGAGGAGGAGCUGGCCCAGGAUCAGGCCUCCCUACAGGCCUUUCAGGAUGAAAAGGAGAAGCUACAGAGACAGGUCUGGGAGCUGCAUGAAUCUCUACUGAAGCUCGACUUGUCUCCAGCGCUCCCCCUUAGCCAGGACAGCUCCAUGAGCAGAUCCAGCAGCCCAGGGCCAGAUGGGGAGCUCUGGGGAGCCCAGCAACUACAAAGUAUUUCCAGCCCUGUGAUCCCAGCACCUCUCACACCAGAACUGCAGGACCUGGAGACCCAAAUGGAACAGCUCCGGAGGACUAUCCAGAGGCUAAAAUGCUUCAACCAGAUGAUGCUGGGGGCCCUGCAAUCCUGCAAGGGCUACUCAGAGGGGCUGAGCAUGCAGCUGGGACAGAGGGAGGCUGAGACUACUGCCCUGCACCUAGCCCUGCAAUACAGCAGUGAGCAGUGUGUGGAGGCCUAUGGGGUGCUGCUGGCCUUACGGACAGUCGACACGAGAGCCGUGCCAGGCCCACAGGCCAGAGAAGGCAGGACAGAGUCAGCCAUGGAAGUGGCACAGCGACUCUUGUCUGAGGAAGACCCUGCAGAGGCUGGCAUCCUGGCUCGUGUCUAUGCAAGCCCUGAGGGCAGCAGUGUGGAUGCACCCACAGAACUGGAGGUAGCAGCACUCCUACAGGGUUACAUUGGGAGGCUCCGGGCACGCCAAGCCCUGGUGAAGGUGCCCCCGGAGCCAGACGCCAGACCAGGCCAGGGGCCCAGUGUGCUUCGGGAAGAAGCCAUCUUCCAGGCCAUGCUGGAGGCUCAGCCUGACCUGGAGUGGCCGAGGCUGGAAAAGACGCAGAUUCAGCAAGAGUUGGCCACCAUGAGGGAGGCCCUGAUGGACCUGACACUGAAGCUGCAGCUGGUGAAGAAGCAGAAGCGGGCAUUGGAGCUAAGAGAUGCAGCCCACCGGGCACAGGGCACUCUCUACCUCCUACUCCUAGAGCAGCUUCGAUGGCAGCUGGGCCAGGGCAGACCCCACGACACCCUCAGCUCAGGGGGCAGUGACAGUGACAGCGACAGCAGCUGUGGAGCGUGGGCUCCUGGAGAUGGGGACCAGACAGCCUGGCUAGGGGGAGCCCGGGACUCCGAGGACAUGCUGCAGGAGCUCACCAGUUCCCUGACUCGGACCCAGGAGUUAGAAGGACAACUGAGGGAGGUACAGGCUUCACUGGAGCAGAUGGCCCAGGAUGAGCGGACCCGGCGAGCCCAGUGUGUGGAGCUCACCAGUGACUUCUGCAAGGCCCACAGUGCCCUGGUGCUGGCCUUCCGGGGGGCCCAACGGAAGCAGGAGCAGCAGCAGCAGACCUUGGACCAGCAGAUAGCGCAGAUGGCGGCCUGUCAGGAGGAGGAGCUGGAGUCCCUGGCUCAAGCUGCCCAGGCUCUAGAGAGCUCCAGAGUCCUCAUGCCCUGGGGAGAGACUUCUCUCUAAAGACUCCAGCCUCUUUCACCCUACCCCAACCCCAUCCUCAACUCCCUGUCUAAUCACCAGCAUACCUAGUUGUGUUCACCUACCCACUCUGCACCAACAAAAACAAUUCUAGCCAGGGCUCUCUCCACCAGACCCUGCUACCCCUUUGGGGAGGAGAGGUUGGGGGGAAUAGAUGGGAUGGGCUCCUUUCUGAUGAGGUCAUAUAAUUGAGAGCUAGAAGACACCUUGGAGCUUUUUUCUUACAGAUAAGGAAACUAAGGCCCUGAUUUUUUGGACUAGGAUCCAUCUAGAGGUGGCACUCCCUGUGUUUGCUGUUGCUCCUGGCCAGGUCUAUGGAUCAUCUGUGGAGCUGCAGGGUGGCAGAGCCAACCAGGGCCUGUCCUAUCCAUCCCUCUCUCAAGACCGUGCCCGCUCACCUGGCCUCCUUUCAGACUCUUUCCUCCCUCCUCAGGCUCCCCUUCUCUGGACUUGAGCCUAGGUCCUCUCUGUCAAGGUCUGGUAUUAGGCUGGCAUACACCAAUGUCCACCUAGAGAGGGCUUGGCCUCUCUUCCCUGGUCACCUGGUACUCUCCACUGUUUUUGGAGUAGUGUUUGCUCAGACUCAGUUAUGCCCCCUCCCUGCCCGCCAGCUGGUACUCCAACAAAUGAGGUCACUGCUUGGGCCCAAGGAGCAGAUGGGAGAGGAGGAGGGUCCAGGGCUCACCGAGCAGACCCAGGGAGGAAAGAACAUCUUGAAAGGCCAAAGAAAAUUUAUGAAAAAGAAAGAAGGCCCCUUUUCCAGGAUUGGCAGAACCCACUGUCCUUUGGAGCAGGGAAAAGUAUGGGGCCUCUCCAUCCCUUUCUCCCAUCUACCAAAAGAAACCAUCAAACCCAGCUCUCCUCAGGAACUUUCUCUACAUAAGGUUGACUCCUGCUGCCUUGAUUGCUUCCAGACCUGAUCAUUACCCCCUACCCAGUCUUCCCCUUCUAUUUCUUGGCCCCUCUUUAGAGAUAUUGGUCCUGUUUUUUCCUUGACGUUCCCCCAUCCUAAGCUCACAGGCUCUGUCAGAUAGCCGCUAAGCUAGGAAGCACCUCUCCAGAGUCAGCUGCAUCAGAGUUCCUGAUGGGCAGCUCCAGUGAGGCUUUGCUAUCUAGUUUCUCUGAAUAAAUCAUCUCUUUCUCA